AUCCCGAAACGCAAGGAAUUCUGGGAAAACAGUUGUAUCCGCCAUCUUGCCUUGAUCUAGCUAGCACAACUGUUAGGUCGCAAGGCUUUUUCGGCAAAAUAAACGCAUUCUGAGAGGAAAUUUAGAACUUUGUGACUAUAGAGCAAAGUUUGUGGUGCAAGAAGCAAUAAUAUUAGCCCGAGGGCGUUUUGUUCUGAACUGUUUUGGAGUCAACGGUGAGUUGAGCUUGUCCACCGGCGGCCAUGGGGCGAUCAAGAAGCCGCAGUUCGUCCCGCUCUAAACACUCGAAAAGCAGCAAACACAGUAAACGGCGAACUAGUCGCUCCAGGUCGAGGUCCCGAGAUCCCGAGCGCAGUAAGAAACGGUCCCGGUCCCGGGAGUCCAAGAGGAGCCGGCGGAGGGAGUCUCGCUCCAGGUCUCGUUCCACAACAGCCUCGACCCGCAGGGAGCGCGCUGCUUCGCCCCCCGAGAGGAUAGACAUCUUCGGCAGGACACUCAGCAAGAGAAGUGCCAUCGAUGAGAAACAGCGCAAAGAAGAAGAGGAGAAGAAAGCCGAGAUGGAAAGACAGAGGAAGAUUCAGCAGCAGGAGAUUGAGGAGCAGGUGGUCGAGGAGCCGACAGCCAGUCGUGUUGAGCUGGUUGCUAAUGCUAACAUUCGUCAGCAGGAAAUCGAGGAGCGCGUGAUCGAGGAGCGGACGGCACGUCGCGUGGAGGAGCUGGUUGCUAGACGCGUGGAGGAGGAGCUAGAGAAGAGGCGGGAGGAGAUAGAACAGGAAGUGAUGCGUCGGGUGGAGGAAGCCAAGGCCCUCAUGGAGCAGCAGCUGCUGCAGGAACUGCACAGGCAGAGACAAGCAGAGAUAUCCGCACAGAGACAACGAGAGGAGGAAGAGAAGGCCAAAAGAGCGGAACUGGAGAAAAUUCUAGAAGAGAACAAUCGCAAGAUGGCCGAAGCUCAAGCCAAACUGGCUGAGGAGCAGCUGCGCAUCGUGGAGGAGCAGUCUAAGAUCCAUGCGGAGCGCGUCAAGCUGGAGCAGGAGCGGCAGAAGCAGCAGAAGGAGGAGCAGAAGAUGAUUCUGGGGAAGGGCAAGAGUCGACCCAAACUCUCCUUCUCCCUCAAGGCCACCGAAUGAGGAGCGCCUGCGCCUCCUCUCCUCUCCUCUCCUCUCCUCUCGACUCCUCCUCUUCUCUUCUCUCCUCAUCGCUCCUCUGCAAGAGUCGACCCAAACUCUCCUUCUCCCUCAAGGCCACCGAAUGAGGAGCGCCUGCACCUGCGCCUCCUCUCCUCUCCUCUCGACUCCUCCUCUUCUCUCCACGUCGCUCCACAUCGCUCCU